UAGAGCCUAGAGUAAAGGGAAUCGAAGUAGAAAGGCAUGUGAGAAGAGAAGGCGAAGAAGGCGGAAGCGGAGCAAGGAGCAACGAUUCACCGGAGAUAGCUUCCCCGCAGUUGCAAUCGAGGCCAUCGACCCUUCGGCGCCCGCCGCCGUGCUCAGGGGCGUCACCCUUUCCAUGCCCGCCAACGCGAUCGAGGCCCCGUCCCUUACUCGGCCGCGUCACCAACCUUACACCGCUGCGUAGAAGCUCCGCUGCUGCCUCGCAGGGGUUGCGCCACAAGUGCCUCGCCGGGACUCCACCGCACACUAGAAGUUGGCCUUCUCCGCUCCACGCGCACUCCGCUCUGGCCCCAUCACUUCCGAUGGCCGCCCUUAUGGAUCUGAGAUCUGGAUUUGAAAGGAAUCCCUCACGCCCCCCUCGCCACGCCUCCCAAUCUCCGGUCCCCCGCCCAUAUCUCAGCCCAUUUUUUCGCGCGGAAUACCUCCCGGCCUCCGGACAUCGGGCGCCACCGCCACCCCCCGUCUCGCCCGUCCCUCGGGCCUCGUCUCGCCCGUCUUCCCCCCGCCAGAAAGCCGCCGCCGCCGCCCCCCGUCUCCGCCGCCGCCGCCGCCGCUCCGGCAGAAAGUCGCGCUACCUCCUCCAAGAUCCAGGUUCAGCAUGUCGCCGGCGCCACCGCCAUCGCCGCUGAUGCCGUCGGCGGGGGAGCCAUUCCGCGUGUUCGUGGGGUACGACCCGCGGGAGCACGAGGCGUACGAGGUGUGCCGCCGCAGCCUGCUCCGGCACGCCACCAUGCCGCUCGACGUGCGCCCCGUCCGCCAGUCGGACCUCCGCGCCGCGGGGCUCUACUGGCGGGCGCGCGGGCCCACUGAGAGCACCGAGUUCUCCUUCACGCGCUUCCUCACCCCGUACCUCGCCGGCUACCGCGGCUGGGCACUCUUCGUCGACUGCGACUUCCUCUACCUCGCUGAUGUCGCCGAACUCCUCGCCGCCGCCGUCCCGCCGGGCGCCGACGCCGACCGCCUCGCCGUCGCCUGCGUCAAGCACGUGUACGAGCCCGCUGAGGCCACCAAGAUGGACGGCGCCAUCCAGACGACGUACCCACGCAAGAACUGGUCCUCCAUGGUGCUCUACAACUGCGCCCACCCAAAGAACGUCGCCACGCUCACGCCCGACGCCGUCAGCACCCAGACCGGCGCAUUCCUCCACCGCUUCGCCUGGCUCGACGACGACGAGAUCGGGGAGGUGCCCUUCGUCUGGAACUUCCUCGUCGGCCACAACAAGGUCGACCCCGCUGACCCGACCACGCACCCCAGGGCCAUACACUACACCUGCGGCGGGCCAUGGUUCAAGCGAUACAGGGACUGCGAGUUCGCCGACCUCUGGAUCAAGGAGGCCGAGGAGCUCAAGGCCGAGAAGGACAAGCUCGAGGCUGAGGAGAAGCCCAAGCUCAUCGAGGACAAGGACGCCAAGGAGCAAGAUGACAACAAGGAGGAGAAUUGAUCGAUCGAUUGGUUGGUGAUACUGCAUUGGGUUGGAUUGGUUCGUUUUGUGAUAAAGAGAUUUCAUUCCUCAACAUUCUGUUCAUUUGUCGCACCAAUGCAGUUUCUUUCAUCGAUCUGGUUUGUUAAUAGUGAGAUGUCGGGAGAUUAGGAUUGGGUCGUAUGUAGCCUACGAGUGGGUAGCUAGAGUGAGUCUAUUGUGUAGCUGCAAUCGGUCUAUGAAUGAAUGCUCAUCGUUAAGGAAUAUCAAUCGUGUUUUUUUCCCUCAA